UGUUUCCAGGACUGGUCAGUCGAACCGGAGGACACCCCUCAGCCCGUAGCAGCUGAUGCCUGUGGUCAGAGUGGGGCUAGAGAUACUGCGGCGACCGAGAUGAGGCGAACGCAACCCGAUAGCGAGUCAGUGUCAGUAUCACUGGGCUCACCUUCAAGCGAGCCGUCAACACCAGAGGAGGUGGAACGG